AUGUUCCUGCCGCGUCAAACUCCUUUCCAGGCAAAUCAGAGACCAUCGCUGAGACGCAACGGGUCCUCCACCUCGUCGGUCAGUUUUCAGGUCCAUGAAACCAUUCUAGCCGCCAAAGCUCGCGAUCUGAGCAUACAGUGUGGACUCGGUUUGGCAGAGGAAGAAGCCGGAACCCUUCGCAACGGCGAUCCUUCUUCACGUUCACGUCAAAGCGACGACUCGAACCGCAAAACGUCUUCCAGGCAAGGCACUGACCAUCUUUUUGCUCGGAGUCGUCCAGCUGGUCUGCCAUGUGGCGAUAGUCUAAUCACAACGCGGCCCUCGAUCAAGAGGCAGAGUCUUCGUGGAUACGCUCAAGCACGUUGGGCGCGGGACGAGAUCCUCCGUGACCGCAUCCUCAGCGCUACUAAUGUUGCAAAGCUUGAAUGGGAAGCCAGCGCGGCUCUGCUAAACCAUUCCUACCCUCUCGCGAUCCUGCUGCUAUUUCGUGCCGCCUCUCUUGGCUCAGCUAGUGCGUGCAAACAGCUUGCCGACUUGUAUGCAGACGGCGUUACACGAGGCACAUCACCGACCGUGACGCUCGUUUAUCGAGACACUCUGCGCAGCAUUGCUUGGAUCUUGGAAGCGCUUCGAUUGUACGAGCUUCGUCUCACUGCUAAAGUUCGAUCCGCAGCCACUUCUGCCACGCCCUCCCUCCGUCUCGCACAGAUAUGGCAUGGCCCUUUGCAAGCGACCCAGUUGCUCGUAGAAGGUCUCCUGAGCCCGGACGUCGGCGCCUUUGAUCCUUGCCAGAAGAAUGCUGUCUUCUUACCCAUCGUUGACGAUCUCGCCGACUCGCAAUGGCUCUGGCCGACUGGUUCGGCUCCUAACAACAACCAUUCCGCCCGCCAAGCCACCGAGCUGUGGAUCGAGCUCGAAGAUCUUCUGAACAGAUGGUCGACCCGUUUCGAGACAGAGGCGAGCAUCACCUCUUUACAGGCGACGUUCCAGCCAGGGCCUGAUGAUCUCGAGGAAGAACAGUCUUUUGCGAGCCAGAUGCAGAAACUCGAUUAUCAACUCCGCCUCCUUAGAGCGAUCCAGGCAACUCGAUUCCUCAUUCUGGAACCUUACGCCGAGAACAUUGAUCAAGUCGAGAGUGCCUGUAUCAAAGCGUUAGCCAUCCGACCGCAGCAAGCUUCGCAGUGCCUGGAUCCUUCGCGCUUGCUCAACGUCUUGUCACGUGCAAAGGGUUGUUCGGGGCGCAUCUACGACCAAGAGCUCUUCAGCGACCUUCAGAGGUGUACACAGUCAAAUGCGAGGAGCACGUUGGCGAUUGACUACAACAGUCACAAGCUUCGACUACCUCUGCGCGCCGAUCACGAUCUCUCGCAAGCCAAAGACAAGCAGCCUCCACCUCCAGCCGCGACACAAAACAGAGAUCGCCUUCGUGAUCUCGAGCCUGCCGACGUUGAGACAACAAAGCAGUUAGAGAACAACGCCCGACCGGCUUUGGCGAUACGUGUCUCGAGUGGCUACGCUGCUCCUCAAGCAACAGUCGUCUCAGUUUCGGCUCGUGGCGAGCAACAGAACCCGAAGACCGAUGGUGGGUCUGCCUCCAGAACGGUACGGCAAAAGUACGGUCGUGCUGUAAGCUCCUCUUUUGCUACCUCGUUGAACAGGGCCGACGCCAGACCUACCGAGCCUUCGUCUCCCACUGACAGUGUUCGGACUGGAUUCUCUAUUGGCAUUGCUAGGCCUAGACGACCCUCGAGCAUCGUAUCGGUGACGCCUUCCCUUCUCUUUCCAUCCGAGAGCGUGCAAGAUGACCUUGCCAAGAACUUGUCAGCCUCACAGGAUAGUUUUGCCGACGCGCCGUCCCGCCGUGUCAGAUCUUCUUCCUCGACGCUCUACUCUCCAAACGGUGACGUUUCAAGGCCACGCGUCGCCAGCCUACACAGCUCAGCACCCAUGCUCGUCUUGUCAAAAUCGGCCGCUAGUCUGAUCGCGCCAUCCAUGUCUACGACCAGUCACCAAAAUCUACAUGCCUUGGCUUCUGCUGACUCGACACCUACUCUUGUUCCUUCUCGCCGCCGGACAGGCUCCAAUGCCUCGAUAGGGUCCUUGAAUCCUCGAACCGCGUCUGCUCUACCCAAGACUUCACCCUCCAUCUCGGAGGCACCGGAGGCUCUAAUCAGUCCAAGCCUAACUUCCACGACGGCAUCCCGAACUGGUGCAGAUUCGAGCCGCAAUCACAGUGCCGCUGCAGAUACGCUGAGACGGCUGAAAGGGAGACGCUCACACACCGAUCUGCGUACACUGCAUUCUGCUCGCAACAGUCAAUCAUCUGCCCCUCCUGUACCGUCUCUACCAACGGGUCUUGCGCAGCAACUCGGACCCGAAGUCCCACGAGUUUCAACCCUGCGACCUUCCAAGUCGACUGUCUUUGUUUCAUUAGAAAAUUUGCACGACGAGAGACCUGGCAAUCUGGACGACGCGAAAAACAAAAUGACGCGUAUCUCAUCAGCAUCCGCUGACUCUGCUCUGGAACACCUGGCGCGAACACAGGAACGUAUUUCUCAUCGUUCAAUUCCUUCAGUGCUUGAAGAGCGCGAAUCGGGGCUGAGCGUUGCCAAUUCAGCGAUGACAGGUCCACCGUUUGCCUCGGCGCUGGCAGCCGGUGCUUUGUCUGGCCUUACCGUCGACUUGCUUUUCUUCCCCAUCGAUACCAUCAAGACACGUCUGCAGUCUGCUCAGGGAUUCUGGGCCGCCGGUGGGUUCUCGGGAGUUUAUCGCGGCCUCUCCUCAACAGCGGUUGGCUCUGCCCCAGGUGCUGCUGUCUUUUUCACCACCUACGAAUCAAUGAAGCCCGCGCUGAUGCGAUGGGCGCCAGGCAUCUUUGGCGCCGAGGGAACGUUAGGUCCUGCUGGCGUGCACAUGGCGGCUGCUUCAAUCGCCGAAGUGGCCGCUUGCCUGAUCCGCGUCCCCACCGAAGUGAUCAAGUCUCGACAACAGACCAUGACGUAUGGCAAGGGCACCACCACGUUUCAGGCGUUCAAGAAGGUCUUUCGAGAGGCAGGCAUUCGUGGCUACUAUCGAGGGUUCGGCAGUACUGUGGGUCGCGAGAUCCCGUUCACUUGCAUCCAGUUCCCCCUGUACGAGAGACUCAAGCUGGAAAUGGCUCGCUCCAGGGCUCAGUCACAGUCGAUGCUUCGAGGCGAUGACGCAUACCAAGCUGUUUCGGAUCAAGAGCUGAUUCGCAACCUACCCACCUGGCAAGCCGGUCUUGCCGGAAGCAUUGCUGGUGCGAUUGCUGCCGGGCUCACUACGCCGCUGGACGUGGUCAAGACUCGAAUCAUGUUGCACACCAAGCAUGCUGCCGUCACGACCCCGGGCGCUUCUUCAACCGCUGCUGCCGGUGCUGCUACUAUGGCCGAGACCCUUCCUCGCGGCGUUAACACGAAUAUCAUUCCAACUUUGCUGCACAUCGGACGUACCGAAGGUAUCAAGACGCUUUUUAGCGGCUUUCUCCCACGAACUAUGUGGAUCGGGUUAGGCGGCGCCGUGUUUCUAGGCACAUUUGAUGCCGGCAUUAAGACGCUUUCUUGA